AUCUUGCAGUCGUUUACGGUUUGCCUUUACUGCGAAGAACUUCAAUCUUAUCCUACAGCGGCUGUAUUCCGCCAGUCGACACUGAUUACUUCUGCCUGUCCUUUCUACUGGAUGUGCCUGGACGUCGUUCUCCAAAAUGCUGAGCAGCAAAGUAUCAGGACCAGGACUGAUGAGCGCGGCUGCUGGUAUAGACCGAGGACGGGUCGGGGAGAGGCUGCAGGCGGCUCUUGCCGGGCUGCACGAGCUGCAUUAUGUCAAGGAGAAACAGAGCGACAUGGUGAGCUGGGCUCUGCGAAUGGACAGGGAAGAACCGGCGUGUUCUCCACAGACGCACAGAGACGAUCCGAUGCCAGGGCCAGAGGAACAGCGGCUGGAGGCAACCCUCACAGCUUUGAAGAAACAGCUGUCACGUCUGCGGAGACAGGAUGUGGGGUUGAAGACUCACCUGCAGGAGCUGGACCAGCAGAUCAGUGAGCUGAAGCUGGAUGUGUGCACGGUGUCCUCUGAGCCACUAGAGAGUGAUAGUAGACCCAGUUCAGGUUUCUAUGAGCUCAGUGAUGGAGGUUCUUGCUCUCUGUCCAACUCCUGCACCUCGGUUUACAGUGAGUGCCUGUCCUCCUCCUCCCACAUCAGUCUCCUCCCUCCCCCCAGCCACAUUGCCAGGGCUCAUCCCCUCAGUAGGUCCACGCAGGCUGAGCCGUCACGGCGACGGUCAGCUGACGAGACCACCACCCAACCCAACCCCCCACGGGGUACUGGCCUCCACCUGGGGAGCAGCAGGAUCCGUACUGGCACAGCAAGCUCAGAGCGGGCCAGACAGAGACCAGUGUCUACAGGCGACUUAGACAGGAUGCUGAUCCCAGGAUUGAGCUACUACAGGUUGACUGAUGUGAAGAAACCUUCUUUGUGCCCCACCCUGAGGACCUCCACCGUGGAACCCAAGUUCCAGAACAAUCUGGUGUCCCGCAGUGGAGCCGAGGUCUACUGUUACCCCAGCCCGCUCCAUGCUGUGGCUCUCCAGAGUCCCAUCUUCACUCUGGGAGGGGAACCAGCCACAACCGCAGCUCCAGAGGGCCAGGAGCCUCCAGUGGUGGCCAUGCCCAGCACCGACUCUCUCCAGCGGGGACAGGAAGUGGUCAUGAACAGGCCCCUGGGCUACAUUGACAAGUUGCUCCAGCGCAGUAUGAGUAAUAUUAACUUCCAGAGUGAGACUGGAAGGGAGAGUGUGUGUAGGCACUCCCCCCCAGAUGACCCCAGUGAGGCUAGUGCAGAUGGAGCUAUAUGUCCAGGCAACUCUCAGGUCCUUGGGCGUCCACUGCAGAAUGCUGUCCUAUCAGACGUCACCUCAUGUGACAGGAAGAGGCAGACUGGUAUGUACCCUAACCAGGAAGUGAGCUACAGCAACCCAGCUCAAAGACAGAGAGUCCAGGAGAACUCAUACCGCUAUUCCUACCCUGCAGCAAUGAGGGAGUACAGCCCAGCAGAGGCAAUAGCCUCCAAAACCGGUAUUAAGGCACCAUCUGGGGAUGCUAAAGAGAGAGCUUCCUUAGACCAGGGGUGUGUGGAGGCCCCAGGGAGAAAGGUUUGUGAGCUUAGAGCCUCAGACAGGAGAUCCUGCGUGGCCCACUGGUCCUGCACUGAAGAGGGUUAUGGUUCUGAAUACAGUCCUGGUCAUGCUGCACUCUCACCAGACUUUGUCCACGCCCAGUUUGUUCCUGCCGGGUCUCAAUGUGUCAAGUUGAGGCAGGCGGACCGCAAGACUAAGGCUGUGAAGCUAAGGAGGAGGGAGAGGCCCUGGGCUGGAAGGCGCCAGAGGGGCUGCUAUUCCAGCGAGGGGAGCAGGGAGGGCCACCGAGGUGGGGCCCAGGUAGAGAGAGAGCAGAGAAGGGCUGGAAAGGGGAGGAUGUCCCAGAGGGUGGCCAGCUGUCUGGUAGAGGAGCUUGGGCGUACAGGCACCGAGGCCUGCCUCAGCGAGCCUGGACUCUCUAACAACCGGCGGGUCUAUCCCCAUCAAUACCCACAAAGCAUCUCAGCCAACAAACUCACUAGAGGAUGCAGAGCCCAGUGCCUGGACCUGGUGCAGCCCUCUGAACCCAGGAAGAGGAGGCAGGGGCCAGCCAACAUGGGGAUGUUCCAGGCUAUGUGUGUUCAGGGACAGAGGUCCAGAGAGUUGGUCAGCAGGUCGUCAUUGAGCUGCAACUUUAGCAGCAGGCCCCACUCAGGCCACUGGGGAGGGCACACCCCCAGGGCCCUCCAGCCCUCACUCUCCUCCUCCUCUUACUUCACCAGUCUCAACGGCAGGUACCCUCCAGUUCCCUUCCCAGUGUCCGCUCCCUUCCCUCCCAGGUGUGAGUCCGAGUACUCGACCGAAUGUGCCUCUCUCUUCCAUUCCACCAUAGCCGAGAGCAGCGAGGGAGAGGUCAGCGACAACACCAUCAAUCGCUUUGGGGACAGCGAGUCGAGCCAGAGCUCCCAGUCGCCCGACUCUGACAGCAGCCUGUUCCUGGACGAGGUAGAGAAGAUGGAUGGCUAUGAGGAGGAAGGGGGUCUGGUGUGGGCCGAGGCUUCCUUGGGACCCACUGCUGCUGGGCUGCCCCUCCGGCAGCUCCUCCACCCAGAGCCGCCAGCCUGCCGCAUCAAAGCCUCCCGGGCCCUGAAGAAAAAGAUUCGCAGGUUCCAGCCUGCCUCCCUGAAGGUCAUGACCCUUGUAUAGAGGAGCUUACCUCCUGCCAGCCUAAGAAGGGUGCGCUUUCACUAGAACUGCUUGUCACUUGAUGAAGUCACCUGUUUAUGACUUUGAUCAGCCACACUGUCAUAGUAGUAUUAAACAAAUUUGUUUCAUGUGAAAGUAAAGAGUCCUGGGAGCACAUUUGUUUUGUAACCAAACUGGAGAUUUGAAUAGUGCCCAGUCAUAGAACCUCCCCACAAAUUUAAAUAAUCACAUCAGGCAGUGUAUUACACUUUGUGUGUUAAGAACUAAAUCAAUCUUGAGUAAAUCAUAUGGCUCUGUUAUAGAGAAGACAAAUGUUUUUAUACUUCAUUUAUUACAGAUAAUUUUGAUCCCCUUUUAUAUUUUCUACAAUUUUAUUUUGGCACAUUGUGACUUAAUGAAUACAUUUCAUUGUAGAAUAAAAAAGG